AUGCUAGAAAGGGCUCUCCUCCAGUGUUUUCUGAUACUGGUGUGCUGCUCUGAGCUCGCACUCAAUCGCAAAUGGCAUCCUUAUAAAGGAAGGCGAUACGAUCUCACACUAUUCAUUCGAAAUCACAACGUAACGGACGCCACAUUCUUUCGGUUAGUGGGCGUUGACAACACUGCCGAUUUCAACGUGACUGCUGGCAAUACAUUUGAACACACCUUUGAGGUGAAGCGAAAAGGUUACUGGACGCUUUUCGUUGAGUUCCCCGGAGAUCGAUAUGCGAAAUCACCACGAAAGGUGAUCUCACGAGACUCUUAUCGAAAGUGGGUGAUGGAAGUAUACUACUAUCCAGGAGCGGUCGGUUUCAGUGAAUGGCACAAAGUGGGUAGAAAGAGCAAGCGAGGAUAA